AUGCCCUCGCUCUCGUCCCACCUCGGCGGUUCGGGCGCCCCCGCCCCCGCGCGCGCCGGGUCGGGUCGGCCCGCGCACACGAACGACAACGACGACGACGACACCCGAGCCCCGCACGCCGACGCCGCCGACCCGACGAGCACCCCCGCCGCCGACGCGGCGGCGCUCUCCUCCCUCCACGACGCCAAGCACCGCGUGGCGUUCGCGCGGAGCGUCUCGCGCGACGCCUCCGCGCUCUCCUCCCGGCCCACGCGCGUCGACCCCGACACGCUGCCGCGUCGCAAGUACUCGGGAGAACGCGAACGACCGCCGAUGCCGCAGCAGACGCACAUGAUGACCACCACCUACCACGACGACGACGACGAUGGACCGUCGUCCGGCGAUCGUCCUGCGAGACCCGAGGGUGCGGCAUUCGACGAACCGCCCGUCGACUGGAGGAAGAAGAAGGUCGAGGUGAUCAAGAUUCUUCACGCGGACGGCACGGUGACGUACCCUCGAGACGUAGAGGUUGAGUUUGGGGGUAAGAUGGUCAAACCCGACAUGAAAAAGUACGAGCACCUCGCGCCGGGGGAUCCGCUUCCCCCCGGCCUACGCGUUCCCGGGUGGACGCACAUGCCGGAGGACGUGCUUGCGCCGCCCCCUUUGCCGACGGCUGACGAUUUAAAGUUUGGAAAUCCAAAGUUCAAACCCCCAGAGGCGAACGACCCAGAGUUUAUCAAGCGAGCGAGGGAGGCCAUCGAGCGAGACAAGAUCAAGAACGUGCCGCCGCGGCCGGACCACCCGUUCGCCGACCCGGCGAGGCGACUGUACCGUCAACCGGACGGCACGUUGGGUCCUAAGCGGCCGCCGCGUAAGCCGUACACGGUGGCGGCGCGGCGCGAGUUUGCCGAUUUGUGCUACUACGCGAGGACAAACGGCGGUUGCGCCAAGUGCACCGAGGGGGUGUGCCACCGACACGGAACCGGCGUCCUCUGGGCGCACCACAGGGCGUACCUCGCGCAGAUGGGCCUCGAGCCCGAGUGGGACCAUGACGGCGAGUUCUACGGCUGGGAUCCGGAGAAGACUCAACCUCUGGCGGACCCCGAGCACGUCUUCUGCAGGAUGAUGGGCAACGAUUGGAUGGAUUAUCACAAACACCAAAGGCGAGUUGUUCAUCCCCGAAAAUCAUCGCGUCAAUCGGCUAAUAUCUCGUUACUUCGCAGGCACCUGAAGCAUUACAAGGGCAUCGAGUACGACAAGGAGAGCGGCGAGUUCUUCGACUUCGACUCCGUCACCAAAGAGGAGCUCGACGCCAUCAUCAAGGCUGGCGAAGCCGAGGUGGAGUUUGACGAGAACGGCAAACCAAUCACCGACUGGUACAAGACGAAGGAGGGCAAGAAGCACGUCCCUUACAAUCCGCACACGGACGGCCCGCGGAACAUGUUCGCCGCGAAGGAGGGCGAGCCCCAGGAGGGGUGCCUCGUGACUGAGGGGGAGGGACGAAAGUGGGGCAAGUUCGCCGAGGGCGGCGAGGAUUUCGAGACUGCGCUCGGCAAUUUAGACGUGAUCGACGACGACUCUUGCGACGAGGUCGACACCGGCGAGCGGAGCGAGAAGACGAGCGAGAAGAAGAAGGGGAAGGAGAAGAAGAAGAAGAAGCCUUGGAUUUUCUUCAAGGGAUGA